GAGGCACACACGUACAUCUGUCUUCUCAGGGCACCACCCACCAGACGAACUUCCGGUUAGUCUUGAACCAAUACCAAGUCACAAUUGGUGUCUGAUGUGUUAUAAAGCACGUGGGAAGGAAGCCACUCUGGAUAAAGGUGCUCUUGUGUCUGCUGAGGUGGUGGUGACUACGUCACUAGGAAAAACCCUUAGCAGGAGAACCAUCUUACAAGUUUUGAAGCAGUUUUGUUGAUGUUCACCUGCAUCUUUGGAGGAAGAUAUGCUAGGGAACCCCCUAUAGAGCCCUUCAGCUAAGCCUCUCUUAUGAAGCCAUAUCCCCUUUGAAGGCCUUUAAACUAGUUUCCUAAGAAUCCCCUUCCCUAUAAGGAAUAACAUUCAUAACAAGCUCUCAAAAUUCCCACUGGAACCCUCAAGCUGAUUCUUGAAACCCCUUUGCUACUCCACCUUUCCCCUUGAGAGGUCCCCUUUGAGGGCAUUCUUGAGGCUGGUCACUUGUCGAAGGGUCUUCUCUUCCCGCUUUGACCUCCAACAGCGGGAUGAGCGCCCCAGGGAAGCAUCAGUCCUCCUCUGUACUCAGCCCAGACGCUAACCACAGGAUCUUCACCCUCUUGGGACCUAAAACUCAGGCUAUGAGCACUGGGGUGGUGUGUGUGGUGGGGGCGGAUACCCCAGCCUUAUCCCCUUGGAACCCCCCCUUCACAGGGGUGGUCACCCUCACCAAAGACUACAUCCGCAAAGCCUACUUCCUGCAGGUGUACGACUUAGUGGAGUGGAGAAGAGUGGAGGAAGUGCAACUAGGGAAAGGUGCUUCAUACAACUGCUCUUCAGUGCUUUUCCACCAGCUGUCAGUACAGGAGAGGACGCUGGGGCUGAAGUUCGCCAGCGAGGCAGACGCGAAGUGCUUCGCUGAGGCAGCCUUGGUGGUGGUCGGUGGUGCACCUCGCAAACCUGACGGACGCCCACCACCGUCACCGAAGGAGCCGACAGCAACCACUCUGCAGCAGAAACAGGCAAGCGAGGAGGACCCCCAAGGUGCAGCAGCAGCAGCAGCAGGUAAUGAACAGCAGCCAUAUCCACGUCAGCGCAAGAAACAGAAAGCGCCACGGAAAGAAACACAGUCAGAAACACAAAAGCCAGCCCAACCACCGCCGCAAUCUCCCUCUACACUUCCCCUUAAAGCACCACGACAGUCACCACCACCACCACCACAAUCCCUGCCACAUUCUCCACUACAAUCACCUCAAAGAGCACCGCGGCAACCACCGGCACAAUCACCACCACAACCCCCACCACAAUCCCUGCCACAUUCCCCACCACAAUUACCUUCACAACCGCCACCAAAAUCACCGCCACAGCCCCUACCACAUUCCUCGCCACAGUUGCCACCACAAUCACCACAACUGUCAAAAAAAUCACCCCCAAAUUUGCCACUACAGUCACUGCCACUUAAGUCGAUACAAUCGCCGCUACAGCUACAAUCACCCACACAGGAGGGACCACAACUGCGUUUUCCUUUCCCACCGUCACAGUCCGCGGAGAAGAGCGCAACACUGGACAGGAAGCGCACUUCGAAGAGACUAACGAAAGACAUGAUCGGCCACCCCACCAACUUCCAGCACCUCUAUCAUGUUGGCUUCUGCCCAGAGGCUUACACCCGCUGCUCCGGGACAGACGGCAGUGGGGAACAGCAGCAGCAACAGCAGGUUGACGCCCGUCUUGCAGCAAGUGUGGAAUCCCACAAGAGACCUGCCCCGGCACCUCCACCUCCUGUCAGUCAAGUGGAGGCUGAGGCGGUGCUGGACAACAUGUCACCAGGAUCUCUAGACUCAGUUAACACUCAUCUCUCUUAUGCUGACACUUCCUCAGCUUCCAGAACUUCUGCCUCCGUAAACUAUGGUUCAUCUGAAGGUGAUGGUUCAUCUGUGCUUUCUACCAUCGUUACUACAGCCUUAACAACAACCAUCACGUCUCCAACUGAUACCGUCAUCGCCACUCCAACAAAUGCUAUACUUGCCAUCUCUACAGAUACCACUAUGACCACUCCUAUACACAGCAUAGAUGCCAGUAUGGUCACUCCUACCGAUACUACCACUGCCUUCAAUACCGAUGCCACUAUCGCCGCCCCUAUAGAUGCUGCCUCUGUCAUCCCUAUAGAUGGAUUAUACAGUAGCACUAUUACCACUCCAACAGAGUCUACCGUUGCUACCCUUACAGAUGCUACCAUUGCCACCUCUGUAGAAACUACCAUUGCCACUCACGUUGCUACGACCAUCACAGAUGCCUCCAGCGAGGUGCUACUAAUUCCUGAACCCAGCAUCACCACUGCCGUCAAUUCUUCCAUCAAGUCACCAUCCGACCCUUCACCUCUCAGCAGCCCCACCACUUCUCUUGUAGAUGCUCCGUCUGAGGAACAGUUGACACAGUCAUCGCUACAACCCCUGCCAUUAUCUCCACCACAAUCAUUACAGUCACCUCCACAAUCCCUGCCACAAUCUCCACUACAGCUACAGUCACCUACACAAGAGGGCCCACAACUGCGUUUCCCUUUCCCAGCCUCACAGCCUGCAGACAACACUACACUGAACAGGAAGCGAUCUUCGAAAAGACUAACGAAAGACAUGAUCGGCCACCCCACCAACUUCCAGCACCUCUAUCAUGUUGGCUUCAGUCCAGAGGCUUACACCCGCUACUCCAGGACAGACAGCAGUGGGGAACAGCAGCAGCAGCAGCAGCAGCAUCUCGACCAUCAGGAAUUCCAAGCAGUGAGUGAGGACUCCCACAAGAGACCAGCCCCGGCACCUCCACCUCCUGUCAGUGAACUGGAAGUUGAGGCGGUGCUGGAUACCAUGUCACCAAGAUCUCUGGACUCAGUUGAUACCCAUAUCUCUACUGCUGAUAUUUCAUCAGCUUCCAACUUUUCUGCCUUCAUUAGUGAUGCUUCAUCUGAUGGUGGAGGUUCAUCUGUGCUCUCUACCAUCGUCACCACUGCAGCUCCCACUAUCACCACACUCAUAGAUGAUACCAUCACCCUCACAGAUACCACCAUCCUCCAGACAGGUAUCACCAUCACUACACUCACAGAUACCACCAUAACCACCCCAGGAAAUAUCAUCACUACCCCUACACAUCCUCCCACCCCCACCACUACCAUCGACUCUUCCAGAGAACCCACAUUUUUCUCCACACUACCUUCCUCCACCACUACCAUAAUCACUAAUACUAUCUCAUCCAGUGAGAGGCUACCGACUGAUGCCCCUCCUCACUUACCCAUUCAGAAGGUUCCUCCAGUUUUAAGCGCUGACACAGAAAACAUCUUCACUAGUGCAACGAGCCAAGAGGGCGAUAGUUCCGAUGAGGAUAAAAUUCCAGCCUUACACAUUUCAUCUGAUGAUUUGACAGAAGAUAAGGUCACAAGUCUUUCCCAGAUAAGUACUCUUCAGACUUUGGGGGAGUCAGCCUUGGAUAGCACUUUUUCCGAGACUGACGGAUUGUCAGAGCAAGGAGCUAGUAUUGAGUCAGCCUUUGACAGCACUCUCACAGAGACUGACGGAUUGUCAGAGCAAGGGGCUGCUGUUUACCAUACCGGGACAAGUGAAAUUUCCAGUUCAAAAGAGUUCAGCUCUUUUAUAGACUCGGCAGAGAUAACUGUAUCUGGCGAUGCUGACAUACCAGCUGGUCGUCUGUCAUCUCUAGAUGUGUCAGACGUGUCGUCUACAGAGAGUUCUUCGGGUCCAGCCCCCACCACAAUCACCGGCUUAACUACUUCCUGCUCUCCCAGUACAACAUAUCCAGACCCUAGUUACUCUACCACUUCCGCAUCGUCAGAUUCAAAUAUUAGUUCCUCUACUAACACAAUAGGUCAAAUUCCCAGUGCCUUAACCACCGCAGUAACAGACCAAGGUCCCACUUCUUCCACUACCACCACAACAGAAGUUCCCAGUGCCUUAACCACCGCAGUAACAGACCCAGGUCCCAGUUCUUCCACUACAACCAGAACAGAAGUUCCUAGUGCCUUAACCACCGCAAUAACAGACCCAGGUCCCAGUUCUCCCAUUACUAUCACAACAGAAGUUCUCAGUGCCUUAACCACCGCAGUAACAGACCCAGGUCCCAGUUCUUGCACCACUACCACCACAAGGGAACAAGUUCCUAGUUCCUCGAUUACAUAUACAUCAGAUUUAGGUUCUAGUGCAUCAACAACAUUAAUAGAUAAAGAUACUAAUUCUUCCUUCAACGACACAGAACACGUUCCUGGUUCCUUCGCCUCCACUAGAACAACACAUACAGACUCUAAUUCUUCCUCUACCACGUCAACAGAUCCAGAUCAUAGGUCUUCUAACAUCGAAGCAGCAAAUGCUUCUGUCUCCUUCACUACAACUUCAAAUUCCAAUUCCAAUGAGGGAAUUUCCAUCCCACCUAAUAUUGAUGGAGACUUCAUAAUUUCCACUAUAAGUUCCGAGAUCUCCUCUCAAGUCACCAUUCGUGAGGUAGUCUCCACCAAGAGCAAUAGUGAGUCUCCACGUAAACCCAAGAAAAGGCCCAUGUCCCUCCCUCCACCCAGCUAUGCUCCACCACCUCCACCUCAUAGCCAAUGAUCUGAGUCAUGCCCACUGAUUCCAACACUGAUCUUCCUUUCCUGUUUCCUUAUCCUCAUUCUUGGCCUUCCCUAUUCCUUUCUGAAUAUUCCCACUAUUUAACAAACUCUUUCAACAUAACAGACUCCUGAACUCACAGGGACAAGAAACAGGAAGAUCCUUGAUCCUUUCAUGAACCAGAAACAAGAUCUCGGAUCCUCUCAGGGACCAGAAACAGGAAAGCUAAACAGGCGGAGGCAGUCAUGGAAUUUCAUUAUCCAAGCAAAAACAUGUGAGCAGGGAACGAACCAGCACAACUACACUUGGUUUUCGACUUAAGUUGAACAAAGGGUGAUCAGUCCCUCUGCCUAGAUGGUGUUCGUCACCAUAGUCCUGAAAACUCAAGUAACCAUCUUGCUUGUGCUUUACAUUCUUCAAGACUACGAUGGUGAACACUUUACUAGGCUGAGGGACUGAUUACCUCGUUGUCUACUGUUUCCAGUUUCAGCACUGUCAUAUAAAUGGACUAUCACUGGGAACCAACACCAACAUAGUAAUAAAGUUGUAUUAAUUGUCUCAAAUGAGAGUGGAGCAGAAAUAAAGUUGAUAUUUGUUGAUAAAA